CCACAAUUAAUCGCUAAAUCCAGUCCGCCCAGGUCAGUAUUCCUGCCAGUCUCGAUUUUUGCUCCCUUUUGACGGCAAGAGGCCUUACCACUUCGACAACCACAGUAGUCUUCUCGCGCCCACCGCAAUAACCGAAAAUGGGAAAGGUUCACGGAAGUUUGGCCCGUGCCGGCAAGGUCAAGUCUCAGACCCCUAAGGUCGAGAAGCAGGAGAAGAAGAAGACUCCUAAGGGCCGCGCCAAGAAGAGACUCACUUACACUCGCCGCUUCGUCAACGUCACCAUGACUGGCGGCAAGCGCAAGAUGAACCCCAACCCCGGCUCUUAAAUUAUCCCCCGCAACGCAUGAAGCUUCCGUCGCGAUGACAACCUUCUUUUCUCUCCGGCGACAAAGUUAGCGAGCUAAAAGAAACCCAAUCAACCCUUUCUUUCCCCGCGUCACCACGAUGAACGAACUUUUGACGAUGACGACACGAAACAACGCCGGAACGGACUGUAACUGUGCAUUCUUUUGUGGGGUUCCUGGAAACAGGGCGAUCCCAGGAUGAGUUUGGGGGGAAAAAAAGGGCAAAAAGCAAGCAACUUUUUUAGGGCGUCUG